AUGUGGAGUACUCCUGGCGCCAUAGUUCUUGUUAUGGCAUUGCUUGCGCCAGUCAUUUGUAUCGUGUUCGGCGUGCUGCUGUAUAAUGUAAGACAACGACAGAACAGUAAAAUUAUCAAAGUAGCCCAUGGAAAAUUCAUGGAUACUUCGCGUCGAAUAUUCAACGAGCAGCGGGUUCAGAAAUCACGAUUAUACUAUGACCCAGCAACAGCAAUUUCAGCAGCUAGUGAUGAAGACGAAUAUACCCCACUGAAGACCAAGAGGGAUGGCAAUCGCACACCUUCAGUCAAUUCAUCAAAAAGCUUCACACUCACCAGAGAUACUGGCACCAUGCAGAAUUUGUACAGCAGAGAGGAUGGCUUAGUGGAUGAAACAAGUGCUGUGUCUUCAUUCAGAGGUGCUUCUAUCGAGUGCGGAGUAGCCGCUAAUGGAAAAUUGUACGAUAAUCUGCCAGAAACUAGCAGCCGCACUCUAAGGGCUGUUCCGACUUCUACAGUAAAUGUGCGGUCGAUAACCAGCGCUCAUGAAGAUGAAUCUCAGUUUUGGUUGCCAGGAAAUGUAAGUGCAAGCAAAGCAAGUAAUGGUGGGAUAAUUUUGUCGAAUUGUGCCAUGGGAGCACCAUCUGAAAUGCAGCUUUCGGAACUACAGUGUGCUGAAGAUCUGAUGCAAGCAAGAGCGAUAACCGAAACAGGAGCAGAUGGUUCAUCCAGAAACAGUCAUGUAUGCUCCUCAGCCGAUAGUUGCUUCUUGCGCACAUUCAAAUCUCAUACACCGAAUACGACGACUAGUUUUAUGUGCAGUCCUUUUAGCAGAAUGUUGCCAGUUACUAGCGAUGAGGAUAUUCGACAUGCAUGUUACUGCGAGUAG